GUAAUCGAUUUCGUGUAACGCAAUACUUCAAUACAACCCAUGAGGGCGCGCCACGUAUCGCACAAUUUAAAACCUUGAAUCAGAUAACGAAGCAGUCACGUGGGUGUGAGUGAAACGAAGCUUCGGACGUCAUUGGUCACGUGAUUUUGCCAGAACGAAUCAAGCUUCGAUACAAAGCUUCAAUGAAAAUCGGUUCAUUUUUUGACAGACGCCUCGGAGCUUCGGUGUCACUGGUAACAUCACUAGUGUAAACAGAGUCUUGUCUCUGUGUAUUUUAGUGUUGAUGAUGAUGGAUGUGAUGUGCUGUAAAUCAGUAGGAACUGAUCUGUCCAUGCUGGAUAUUGAUGAUUUCAUCACAGAAAUCUCUCAGCUGAAGAAAGAGGUGGCGUUACUGGAGACAAAGCUGAGGUUAAGAGGAGAUGAAGGACUGAAGAGAGAGGACUCCGAGCUCAGUCUGACUUUACUCUGUUAUACUGAGUCAAAGCACACAGACGCUCAGGACACUACAGUGUGUGACAGUAAUCAGGACUUACAGGAUGAUGAAUCUACUGAUCAAACCUCCACAGAGUCUCUGGAUUCUGUCUGUAACGCUGGAGAACAGCAGCAGAUCCUGCACACCAAACUCAACAUGUGUUCAGUCAAACUCAUCGACUUCAGGAACAUCAUGAUGAAGAUCAAAACUGAACCUACAGAAAUAAAAACUGAACCGACAGCAGAUGAAUAUGAAGAAAAACAUAAUGAUGGUCAUGAUUUUUUUCUCUCAGAUGUGAAGAGUGAUUCAUGUUGUGAAGGAGAAAUAACGUCCUCAACAUCAAAAGAGCGAUGGACAGCACAAACUCAUUUUAGCAUCACCAGUGUAGAGACAUUGAGCUCACAGAGACAUUUAAAGAGACAUGAGAGAAAACACACAGAACAGAAACUCUGCACCAGAUCUAAGAUCAGCUUUACUACCUUACAAGAGAAGAAACUUCAUUCAGAAGAGCACAAAGAGAAGAAGUUGUUUCACUGUCAGCAGUGUGGGAAGAAUUUUGACUUACUAUCUCAUCUAAAACUUCACAUGAGGACACACAGUCAUGAAAAGUCUUUCAACUGUAGUGAGUGUGGCAAAUAUUUCCGCAGAAAACAAACUCUUGAUAUUCAUCAGAGAAUUCACACAGGAGAAAAAACAUACGAGUGUCCUCACUGUGAGAAGAGAUUCAGUUACAAACCUUAUCUGAAGAGACACAUGCUUUUACACACCAAUGAGAGACCGUAUCAGUGCAGUGAAUGUGGAAAAACCUUUAGGUAUUCAUGUUCAUUAAAAUUACACCAGAAUAUUCACUCUGAAGAGAAACGCUAUCAAUGUUCACACUGUGAUAAAAGUUUCGGUCAGAAAUCUCAGCUGAAAGCUCAUGAGAGAUCUUACACUGGAAAGAAGCCUUACGUCUGUAGUGUUUGUGCCAAGAGUUUUAGUCAACGUUCCAAUUUAGUGAAACAUCAGAGAACUCAUACAGGUGAAAAACCUUACAAAUGCUCUCAGUGUGGGAAGGGGUUUGCUCAUUCAGGUAACUUAAAAAUCCAUGAGAGAGUUCAUACGGGUGAGAAACCUUAUCACUGUAGUGUUUGUGGGAAGAGUUUUCAUCAACGUGACAAUUUGGUGUCCCACCAGAGAACUCAUACAGGUGAAAAACCUUACAAAUGCUCUCAGUGUGAGAAGACGUUUUCUCAGUCAGGUAACUUAAAAGCCCAUGAGAGAGUUCACACUGGAGAGAAACCUUACGUCUGCACUCACUGUGGGAAGAGCUUUGCUGGUCUAAGUACUUUUAAAGUUCACGAGAGACUUCACACUGGAGAGAAGCCUUACGUCUGCUCUCACUGUGGCAAGAGCUUCUCUGAUCCAUCUUGUUUCAGUGUUCAUCAGAGAGUUCACAUUGGAGAGAAACCUUACGUCUGCUCGAUCUGUGGAGAGAGAUUCACUAAUGCUGGACCUUUUAAGAGUCAUCAGAAGAAACAUGCUGAAGAACAAACUGAUCUAGCAGCGGGUGCUGCUGCUGUGCCCCAUCUUCUUAAAGCACUGACAGGCACCCCGCUCCUCGUGCAGCAAUCCCUCCGAUUCGCACACACCAGCGACAAGGCGAAGUACAACAAGCUCAAAGGUUCAGUUUUGAUCUUCAUCAUCAUGAAGUCGACGGGUUUGACUGAACACAUGUUGAGUUUGAAGAAAGAGCUCGCGUGUGAUGUGUUUGUGUAUCCUCAGUGUUUUUCUCUCUUGAGUGUUUUAAACAGAGUCUUGUCUCUGUGUAUUUUAGUGUUGAUGAUGGAUGUGAUGUGCUGUAAAUCAGGAACUGAUCAGGACUUACAGGAUGAUGAAUCUACUGAUCAAACCUCCACAGAGUCUCUGGAUUCUGUCUGUAACGCUGGAGAACAGCAGCAGAUCCUGCAGAACAAACUCAACAUGUGUUCAGUCAAACUCAUCGACUGCAAGAACCUCAUGAUGAAGAUAAAAGCUGAACCCAAAGAAAUAAAAACUGAACCUACAGAAAUAAAAACUGAACCAACAGAAAUAAAAACUGAACCAACAGAAAUAAAAACUGAAUCUACAGCAGAUGGAUAUGAAGAUAAACACCGUGAUGGUCAUGAUUUUAUUCUCUCAGAUGAGAAGAGUGAUUCAACUUGCGAUGGAGAAAUAACAUCCUUAACAUCACAAGAGGGAUGGACAGCACAAACUCAUUUCAGCAUCACCAGUGUAGAGAUAUUGAGCUCACAGAGACAUUUAAAGAGACAUGAGAGAAAACACACAGAAGAGAUACUCUGCACCAGAUCUGAGAUCAGCUUUACUACCUUACAAGAGAAGAAACUUCAUUCAGAAGAGCACAGAGAGAUGUUGUUACGCUGUCAGCAGUGUGGGAAGAAUUUUGACUUAUUAUCUCAUCUAAAACUUCACAUGAGGACACACAGUGAUGAAAAGCCUUUCUACUGCACUGAAUGUGACAAAUAUUUCAGCACCAAACAGAAUCUUGAUUCUCAUCAGAGAAUUCAUACAGGAGAAAAACCAUACGAGUGUCCUCACUGUGAGAAGAGAUUCAACCACAAACCUCAUCUGAAGAGACAUGUGUUUUUACACACCAAUGAGAGACCGUAUCAGUGCAGUGAAUGUGGAAAAACCUUUAGAGAUUCAUGGUCAUUAAAAUCACACCAGAAUAUUCACUCUGAGGAGAAACGCUAUCAAUGUUCACAUUGUGAUAAACGUUUCUGUAAGAAAGCUCAGCUGAUAGACCAUCAGAGAUUGUACACUGGAGAGAAACCUUACGUCUGUAGUGUUUGUGCCAAGAGUUUUAGUCAACAAUCUAAUUUAGUGAGACACCAGAGAAUUCAUACAGGUGAAAAACCUUACAAAUGCUCUCAGUGUGAGAAGAGGUUUACUCGAUCAGCUCACUUAAAAGACCAUCAGAGAGUUCACACUGAAGAGAAACCUCAUCACUGUAAUGUCUGUGAGAGUUUUAAUCAACAUAGCAAUUUAGUGUCACACCAGAGAAUUCAUACAGGUGAAAAGCCUUACAAAUGCACUCAGUGUGAGAAGACGUUUGCUCAGUCAGGUCACUUAAGAAUCCAUGAGAGAGUUCAUACUGGAGAGAAACCUUACGUCUGCUCUCAGUGUGGAAAGAGCUUCUUUAAUAAAACUUCUUUCAACUAUCAUCAGAGAACUCACACUGGAGAAAAACCUUACAAAUGCUCUCAGUGUGAGAAGAUGUUUACUCAGUCAAGUAACUUAAAAAUUCAUGAGAGAAUUCAUACUGGAGAGAAACCUUACCUCUGUUCGAUCUGUGGAGAGAGAUUCACUAAUGUAGGACCUUUUAAGACUCAUCAGAAGAAACAUGCUGAAGAACAAACUGAUCUGUGAAGUAGACUUUAUCUCAGUUUUCACCCCUGAUCAGUUUGCAGCCCUGUGAACAAAUACACAAUAUAUACAGUGAGGAAAAUUGGUAUUUGAACACCCUGCUAUUUUGCAAGUUCUCCCACUUAGAAAGCAUGGAGGGGUCUGAAAUUGUCCUUGUAGGUGCAUGUCCACUGUGAGGGAGACAUAAUUAGGGCUGUGCAAAAAAUCGC